CAGACGUUUCCGGUGCGUUGAAGAGGAGUUUUUUUUUCCUUUUCCGGUGAGGGUCCACACACGCAGACAUGCCUCUCGCAAAGGAUUUGUUGCAUCCGAGUCCCGAGGAGGAAAAGAGGAGACACAAGAAAAAACGUCUUGUGCAGAGUCCUAAUUCAUAUUUUAUGGAUGUCAAAUGUCCAGGUUGCUACAAGAUCACCACAGUCUUCAGUCACGCUCAGACUGUAGUGCUGUGUGUCGGCUGUUCCACAGUCCUCUGCCAGCCCACAGGAGGGAAAGCUCGUCUGACAGAAGGAUGCUCAUUCAGGAGAAAACAGCACUAAUUUGACCAGACGUGGCUGGACACCGUCGUCGAGGAAAAUGAACAAAACUUGAUGGACAUCAAGUGACACUGCCAUGGAGCUGAAGCAGCAAACAGGAAAUGGAGAGAGCGGGAAUACAAAUCAUGUAAUUUUAGAAUAAGUUGAUCUACAGAAUUACCUGGCCUUGUUUAUACCCCAUUUUUCGUAAAGAAUAAAAAAAAUAAUCCUGCAUGUUUAUCAUCCAGUUUCUGAUUUUCAGUGCCUGCUUCAAAGCCAGUGGUGUUGGUGCAGGGCCCCGCGCUCUCAGUCAGAAUGACUGUUGAUUCAGGGAAAGUCAUUGCUGGCUUUUCUCGUGUUUUCUGCUGCUUAUAACACAAACGCAGCACAAAGUGAUGUGACACUAAAUUACAUCACAAUGAACAUUGUGGUUGUGAAUUUACGUGUGCUUGCAAGCUUCCUGUGAAAAUGAAAAUGUGGGAUGAAAUCUUGUGAAGUUGCAAAAAAAAAAACAACAACACUGUAGCUUGAGAAGAAUGGGAAUAGUGAGAGGAAUCUACUUUAAGAUUUGUGACCUGCAGUUUACUCACAGCUUUUGUUUAGGCUUGUGGGCAAUGAAGGCCGUUUCCACAGUCUCUGUAAGUGACAGCAUUGAGUUGUACACUGGGAAAAAAAAAAGAAAAGAUAAAUCAGGAGAGGGAGUGAUUCAAUGAUUAACUUUCUUGUUGCUAUGGUGACAAUUUUCUUCUGUCUUUCUUGUAAUUUGGACACAGCUUACAAAUAAAAUCAUAGGAAAUGUAA